GCAGGCAGGCAGCAGUGGUAGAAAGCAGAGCAGCGGAUCUCCAGGCGGGUGAAUCAGGAGGUUCUGCUGGAUGACAGGCUGCAGACAGUGGGAGACAGUAGAGCUGAAGGAUGGCGCUCAGGCGGGCUCUGCACUUUGUGUUUAAAGUAGGAGACAGGACCAGAACAGCCCGGUUUUACAGAGAGAUCCUCGGUAUGAAGAUUUUGCGGCAUGAAGAGUUUGAGGAGGGCUGUAAAGCGACCUGUAAUGGGCCUUAUGAUGGAAAAUGGAGUAAAACCAUGGUGGGAUAUGGAGCAGAGGAUGAUCACUUUGUAGCAGAGCUGACGUAUAACUAUGGAGUGGGAGAGUAUCGGUUUGGAAAUGACUUUUUGGGCCUCACCUUACAGUCAAGCCAAGCUGUAAGUAAUGCCAGAAGGUUAGGCUGGCCCCUUACUGAGGUUGGAGAGGGUCUCUACUUGGUAGAAGCUCCUGGAGGAUACCGAUUCUACCUGCUGGACAAAGAGCAGCCGAAGAGUGACCCAGUUCAGAAAGUCUGCCUGGCUACGUCGGACCUGAAGCGUUCCAUCCACUACUGGUCCUCUCUGCUGGGGAUGAAAGUUAUGGAGGAAUGUGUGGAGAAGAAAAGUGUGCUGAUGGGAUUUUCAGACACUCAGUGUAAACUGGAGCUACAGGACAUUGGAGCUUCUGUGGACCACGGAACUGCCUUUGGUAGGAUUGCCUUCUCAUGUCCUCGAGAACAGCUGCCUGAUAUUGAGGCUCUAAUGAAGAAAGAGAACCAAAAAAUCCUGACUCCUCUGGUGAGCUUGGACACUCCUGGAAAGGCGACGGUGGAGGUGGUCAUUCUGGCUGAUCCUGACGGCCACGAGAUCUGCUUUGUGGGAGAUGAGGCGUUUCGUCAGCUCUCUGCUUUGGACCCCAGUGGAAAUGAGCUGCUGGAUAAGGCCAUGGCUGCUGAUAAGAGUGACGAAUGGUUUGCCAAACACAAUAAACAGAAGGCCUCCGCAUAACAGCGUUCAGAAGUGUGAUCUCCAGAAGUUCUUUAAUUUCAUAAAGCCAGAUUGAACCAAAUUCAUAAUUUAUGUUGCAGUUUCUCUUUGCUUGUUUUUAUGCCUGUCAUUAGAUCAUCUUCUGAUAUGUCUAAUCUCAUCUUGUGUUAUAGAGAUUUAUUGAUUUGAAUUUGUAUAUAGAAUUAUAUUACACAAAUUAAAGUAUCACAUCCCUUU